AUGGAGUUCAAAGCUCAAUCGCGUCCUUUAUCCACUGUCAUCGGCACCCAGGCAUCACUGCAGGCAUCACAGGGCCGCCGUGACACGCCGGGGGGCAGCCACCAUGCCCAGACUGCCCCUGGCAAGCAACUGCAGGCGAGGAAAACGAUUCUUGCUCGACUUGCAGAGCCAGGGAAUGUGCGGGCUUCCGACAGCAUGUGGCGGCUGCGGCAGCAAGCUUGGAGGCCGCAGGUGGAUCUCCGAGACGAGCUCUUGAUUCCGCCAGCUGCCUCGCGGCCCAAGUGGCACUUCCUGGCCGCUCUUGGCCUUUCCGCGGCAGUGCUCUGCCUGCUUUGCUUACCGCAAGAUCGAGGGCUGAUCUCUUCCACGCGCCUGAGCCGGGCAGUCUUCCUCCAGGAUGCAAAAGAGCAAGGGAGCAAUGGGGCGAGCGGGGCUCCCGCUCGCGAUUCCUCAGUCGGAGCUGCUCGGUUUCAUUGGCAAGAUGCCUGUGCUCCUCUCGUCAAUGGCACGCGGGACACCGUGCCCUUCGCGCUUGGUGAGCCUUGUUGGCAGCAGUGCUCCGACGCCAUGUCCGACGCCGUGCUCGCAAGCUUCGUGGGCGAAUGGCACAGGCAGCUGAUGAGCUCCAGCUUUGGCGUGCGGUUCUUUCGCUUCACACCGGGCUGGCACGCAUUGCUGCAGUGGUACAGCUGCAUCUGGCUGUUUGCCGUGGCCGCCGUGAUCUGCAACAUGGCCUCCCACUGCUGCCUUCAAUCGAGGACCGUGGAUGUUGACAUCACUUUGCGGAAACUUGCCGAAGCGAUCGAUCUGGCCAUCACACAGAACGCCGAUGCCAUACUCUUCGAAAUAGUCGAGCAAGCAGCCACACUGGUCGAGACGGAUGAUGAGGAAGCAGGGGCUGUGGCUGCAGCACCCUUGGAGCUUUGCGGGGGCGGUGUGCUCUCUGACGCCUGGGCCUCCGGCGUCAGCAUCCGUCCCGAGUCCUUCGAAGUCGUUCGCAGCAAAGUGCAGGGACUCUUAGCCAAGCUGGAGGAACAGGGGGAAGACAGCUCCGUCGAGGAGCCUUCGGGGGAGGCGGCGCCAGGGCCGUUGACCUUUUUCUUCUACACCGAAAGCUUCAGACGGCCAGUCGGUUACAUCGAGCUGGCGCUGAAAGUCGUCUUCUUCGUCUUUUACGUCGUCUUGCACUGCUGGUUUUGCUGCGUUCUGCAAGCCGCUAUCAUGGCCGCAGGCUGGGUGGACCACGAGGAUCUGCUCUUCCAGCAGCACAGCUGGGCAGAGCCCUGGCUUCAUGUGCCGCUGAAGGUGAGGCGGCUGAUGCACUUGGGUCAGUUGCCGAUGCUGCCUUGCCACAUUGCAUUGUUGCUGAUCUUCUUCGUGCUUCUGAGUCUGGCAGCGGUGUUCUUCGAAGCGUCGAAUGCGCUGCACCAGACCCAGCGGUGGACGAAUCGCUUCUAUGCAAGCUUCGUCUUGGCAGACAUACUGCAAGAUGGCUUGAGGACAAGCUCGAUGAUGUCGAAGAUCACUUCGCUUGUGUUUCUUCUGAUCAACAUGCUGGUGAUAUGCUUGUGGGCCUUAAGCACGAAGCACGGCUUGGUCUGGUCCUGUUCCAAAGCGUACUCGAGCUUCCUCUUCGGCUGGCUACCUGACUGGGCUCCGCUUGCGGCGGGCGUUGUGUACGGCGCUCUGUCCGUACUGCACGGCUACACUUUGAGCAUGCCUGUAGCUGUGUCCAAACUGGAAGGACCAAAGCCGGACAAGUUCCAAUUCGGUUGCAUCCCCGACACGUGGGUCGCCUACAAAGAAGUCUUCGUAACCACUGUUGGCAUCUGGUUUGACACCACGAUGGACGUGGGUCAAAGCAUGAUCUUCUUUCGCGCCGGCCAGCCCUUCUUCGCCACAAUCAUCUUCGUGGGAGUUGGCAUGCAGAUCAGCAUGCUUUGGAUUGACUCCUUGCGGAAAGGCGCCUGGGACGUGCAGCAGCUGUUGGCAGCACUGCUGCAAUCUGACACGAUCCAGGCAUGCCGCGGAUCAUGGAGCAAGGGCAUGCUGCUAUCCGAGCUCUACCAAAAGGCUUACCGAGAAGCCGCCAGCGAAGCGUACUUGAGCUUGCUUGUGGGGAUUUUCGGCUUGGUGACUGUGCCUCUCAACAGUUCCCUGGACAUGGGUUUCUUGCUGGUGUCGGUGCUUUUCUCUUUGAAGUCGGUGAUGACCGGCGUGUCAAUGUCGGCCGAGCUGUUGGCUGCAGAGGAAGAAGUUCUCUGCGGACAAGGCGAUGUCGUUCCUUGCUGCUUUCCCUUGAUCCCCCGUAACGACUACUACAAGCGCAAGAGCUUCGCGGCCCAGCGCAGCUUGCACGUGGUGAGCAUCUUCCGAUUGAGCGAAGCUUUGGCGGUUGCGUGCACCCUGGCAGUCUGCAUCAGAUGCAGCAGCGUGGUGACCACGUGGAAGUUCUGCUACUUCGUCGGGCUCCUCAGCCUUGCGCUGGUCUUUGCACUCGUGGUGUCUCGCGGCGGCUGGGCGUCGCUCCGCCGCUUCACGGAGCUCUGGGAGAGCACAGUCGGGACCUUCGCGCUGGAGGGCGAUUGGGAACCUGUGGAAGGUAGUCGCACUACUGUAAAGCUUAGCUUCCGUGGCAACACCGUCAAGCUCCUGCAUGGAGAGGGCCAGGAGGAGUCCAGGCAGUGCCGCCGCUAUCUGGAGGGCGGCGACUUCAACAACACUUUCCAGCUGGUAGACAGCCAGCAGCAGCAAGAGCAUUCGGUGGUCUCAACGAAGUGGGUGCUGGUCUUGCAAAGCGAACAGCUGCAUUCGCGUUGGGCCGCCUGGUCCCGAAGCGACGGCGUUCCAGAUUACAGUGGCUUCUAUCUCCGGGCUGCUGGCUUUGUCAUGGCGACUGCUCUGGCAGCUGCCUUCGGUUUGGUUCUUGCCAUGCUAGUGGUGCCUGCAUGGCAGGUGAUGCUAUGGAGCGGUGCCGUCACUCGGCCGAGUCAAAAGCACGAUGACAUGAAUGAUGUUGUCACCAUACCCUCGGAUUUUGCUACAUACUUAAGCCAGAAGUGCCUUUGGCUCCUCAUCACUUGGUCGCUGCUCUGCCUUUCCUUCCUCAACGAAGCCGUGUCCCCGUUCAGCCUUAACGAAAUGGCGACGGAGACCAUCCUGCAACUCAAGCAAGGCAUGAGCGAGGACGGCUGGUCGCUAGCUCUCCUGUCCAACGUCGACUUUGUCUCAGGAGCAAUUGGGCUGGUGACAGUUCUGGGUGGGCUCGUUGGAAGCAUCGCGUUGCCGUUGUGCUCCUACUGGCUGCACAUUCAGCGUUGCCGCUGGAGGCGAGAAGAUGGACGUUUUCAGUUCCACCUUGCAAACACAGUACUUCUGGCCUGCCACCAACAUGCAAUGGUUGUAUACAAAAAUCGGUAUGCAGACAUGUUGUGUGAGGACGCACGUCAAGAGAUGCAUGAGACGAGAUUGAGCCUGGGUAUUCGCCCUUCCCGCACAGAGGUGGGGAUGGUGCAGCUGAUUGUGGAAGCAAUUGUUGACGCUAUCUAUGGCAAGGCAGAUAGGCUGCACUUUGAAGAGUUCAACGUUCCUGUCUUGCAAGUGAUCGAGCUGCAGAAACACAUCAGCUCAAAACUCAGCGACAAGCAAAAUGUGGAGGUCCCACAGUCCUGGGCGCAGAACGAAGCAAUCCAGGGUUGGCACCUCUGUGGUGGUGGCGAUAUCACGUCCGUCGGCUACGGCGAGCCCGUUCUGGGUGGUCAGAUGAAACAUCUCGUUCAAGAUGUCCGCAAAUCUAAUGCCCCGAAGAUCAAACUUGUCUUCAGCAAGCCUGUGUCCGAGAUUCCCGGAAUGAUGAGCUGGGUCGAGCGGCUGCUGCGGGAUCACUUCACGCAUGCAGCGAAGGAUCGGCGCCUGAGUCAUGUCCUCGAUGACCUUCGGCACGUUUCUGAGUUGAUUCGAGAGGGCUGCGUGCCGCACUUGCCGGCGGAACCUUUGCUUGACUUCAGCAAGCGCUACCAGCGUCUGGCUGACGGCAUGGAGACGAUGCAGCACUCCAUCAGCUGGAGCAUGGAACCCCUUCCUACCCCGCCACCCGCACCCGGAUCUGGAUCGACUUCGUUCGGAUCGUUGUGUACGUUCUGCACAAUCUGUCCAAAUCCUGGGGAGUACAGAGCGCUGGCAUGUGUCCCAUCUGAGGCACCGCAAGCGUCUGAGAUCUUGACAAGUGACAGAAAGCUUGGUUUGUGGGGAGUGUGCUAUUGUGGCUGUGACAGAGCCUCAUCGCUCAAGUGUGGUCCCGUUAUUGGUGGUCAAUGUGAAGAGUGUGCAGAUGUGCAGAAGGCACUGGAUAAGGCCUCUCCGCUGAAGUGCAUGCACGGGCAUGAUCUGGAGCGUGUCUUCGACAGCAACUAUUACUGCGACGCGUGCGACAGGUCCGCUGGCAAGUCUGUGGUGGAGAUGAGCCUGCGGUGUCGAGCUUGCCUUGCAGAUUACUGUGUUGAGUGCUACAUGUCUCGCAAGAAGAUUGCCGCAGAAAGUGGAGAGAUGCCUUCCGAGCUUCACGAUAUCAAAACGCUGGCGGACGAUGUCUUCAGUGCUGCAGACGGCUUAGAGCACAAUUUGCAGUCGACUUCACUGAAGUCUCGCGCAGCCGGACUAUUGGCGAACCAUGUGCUCCAGUCGUCGGCUGCAGAUGCAGACAGCUCUGCAGUGAGGACGCUCGCUUGCUACUCCGUAGACGAGGAGGUCCGGAAUCGCGCAGUCAAUAUGAUCGUGAAAGAGGGCGACAGUGCCUUGCACUGUGAUUUCUUCAAAUUCUGCAUAGAGAGGCUGGCCAGUCAUGUGUUGAAUGAAGCCCAGCACCAAGCAGAGAAGAAGCGCUGCAUGUUGUUCCUGAACAGUUUGCGACAGCAGGGAGACAAGACCGAGGAGGCGUUUGCAAACCCUGCGUUCCGGCACCUCUUGCUGCAGGCUGCUAAGUUGGAGGACAUGCAGCUGGAUCUUCUUCCGUUUCUCGUCUUGGCACAAGAUGAAGCAUUGCUGCAACCUUUGCUGCAGAAGAAGGACGAGCUGGAGCAGCUGACCGAGGAAAUUCAGUAUUGGCACAAGAGCCAAGUUACAACGGACAAGCAGGGAGAUCAGCGGUUUCUCUUGGUUUCGUCCGGCCAUCCUUACCAACACAGCAUGCACGAGGUCGUGGCAAUACCCGGUGCCAGGGGGCUCACCGUGGUGUUCAGCUCUUCCAGUGCCACGUUGAACAGCAAGAGCUCUUUGACAAGCACUCCAUGGCGCCGUGUUUUCGCUGGCCGCGACAAGCAAGUCUGGGAGGCCUGUGACUUUGAGGGAACAGACACCCUGCUCUUCACUUUCGAAACGGACGGAGCAGGCUCAGCCGAAGAACGCUAUGGCUUCACGGCGGCUGUCUUGCCCAAGCCGACAAAGACUCGGAAGUACUGGGCAAACUCGGGGUAUGCAUUCUCUGGUGGUGUGCAGCAAGCGGCGGAGUUGCUACAUUCAGUGUUGGUCUGUCUCGGUCGUUCUUCCUGGUUGGAAUUGGACAACACAGAAGUCGCUGAAAUCAUCGGACUGCCGUCCGUCGCAGUUGGCAAACUUGUGCAAGAGGCAAAGUCCACUUCGCCUCAGAAAGUCUUUGAUGCCUGGUUGGAGGAGAUCGGCCGUGCAGUGAGGUCGGAGGCCCGAGAGCUUGCGUUGCCGAUCGUGGGGGAGGUCGGCCCUUGCUUGAUCGACCUGCGCUUGGAGCUUCUCAAGGAGUCUUUGGGCAAGCUCGAGACCAUGCAUGCGGCCGUAGCCACGGCAAGCAAGCAGUACUCGCUGGCGCAAGGCAGGAUGCGCUACCACGCCUGUGACCAGCUGGCACUUCUCAUCGCAAGCCGCAAGCUCCCGGAGGGAGUUCGACUGGUCCAGAGCUGCCAUCCGUACGCUGCGGAAGCUCACGAGUACGAAGUCAGUCUGGACAUGGAGGCUCCCAAGGUGCUGGUGGCCUUCGCAGCCUGCAGUUGCACUUAUGACUCGUAUUCCCACGUCGUGAUUCGUGACUCGAAAUUCUCUGGUGCAGGCCCGUGGUCGGCAGAACCAGUCGAGGUGGAGGUGGAAAAGAAGCUUGCCAUCCGCUUCAAAACCGAUGGCGAUGGGCAUGGGAGCCAAAACCGGCGCUGGGGCUUCCUGGCGCUCUUGGCGGACAGCCGCCAAGCGGUGAGUGUCAGCAACUUAGGCGAGGCGGCGGAGAGGAUUGCGGAGACGAUGGCGGAAGCAGCGGAUGCUGAGAACUGUACGAAUCAGCUGUACUUGGAUGCCUCAAAGGCUGAAGCAGCGUUGUCAGAGGUCCUUGACGGCCUGCCUCCACAACUCAACGCGAUCUUGGGGUUAGUGGGAGCCGCGACGCACGUCCAUCAAGCUGUUGAAGACUUGUGUGAGAAGAUUUGCUUCAGCCUGGCAGACAUGUGCAAAUGGUUCGGUGGCCAAGGCUUGUCGAACUAUCUGACCCAAUGGAAGCGAAAGUUCCCAGACCUGGAGGAGCGCAUAGCGGCCUCCCGCAAGACAAAUGCGACAAGUAUGUUCUGGUGCUUCAACGACGAGGGUUCAAGGGUCAAGCAUUCUGACAAGCUCAUUGAUCAGUUCUUCUACUGUGGUCAGCGGAUUGAAGGGACCGAGGAGGUUUGCUGCACAGGCACCCAGUGCAAAUCUUGUGGGCGCUUCCAAAGUGAGGUGCUCGAAGGCUACACCCGCCAAACCGGGAUAGUGCCGUCAUUCGCAGAAGCUCGUCAGGACUUUGAAGAAGACGCGCUUUGGCUCCUCGUCGGGGUGGCCCUGGUGCUGGCCAUCGGAGCUUGCGUCGUCCGCACAAGGCUGGCCCGCUGCGGACGUGGCAGUGUCCGGGAUGCCACCGAGUUCCGGGACGAGCGUGGGGAUGCCCUUCUAGAAAUGGAAGAAGGCGCAUCCCAGGUGGCACCCCACCCGCCUGGCUUCACCCCGGAGGGCCUGGCGGACGAAGGGCAGGAAUCCCCAGCGAUGUCGCCAGGCUUCACGCCGGAGGUGGCGCCCUACCCUCCUGGCUUCACUCCGGAGGUGGCAGCCUACCCUCCCGGCUUCACCCCGGAGGUGGGAACUCCGCUGCUGGAGGAGGCCGAUGUUCUUCGCAUCCCGGCAGACAUUGCGGUGGUGCCCUUCCAUGAGGCAUGGGAGCCCACGGCCGGUACCGGGCACUCCUGGCAUCACCUUGCCCAACUGGAGCAAGGCGUGGAAGAAAAUGCUGCCGCAUGCCGUGAACUUCGAGCACGCCAAGCUUUUAGGUCCCGUCGGCGGGUCGCCGGUGUCUCCAGCACGGGCCUGGGCCACCGGGGAAGGGCCGGGCGAACCCUGAACAAGCAUGUUCUGCUGCUUCAACGAUGCGGGUUCGAUGGUUGA